AUAACUCAUCAUCUAAGAAUCCUCCAUCCCCUUUCCCCUUGGAUAACCAGCUCAUGUUUCAACUUGUCUAUGCAGGUGAUACAGGACCCAUGCCUACAGUUAAGCAAGCUUCUAGACCCCUGACACAAGUAUUUGGAGCCCAGAAGCUGCUCUUAGUCUCCGGCUGAACACCAUUCAUUCACGAGUAUUUCUUCUCCAGUCAGAACCAAAACAAACUGAGCCUACAUCUCUCAUGUAACUUUUUGUUUGACGUGUUCCGGAUUACUAACAACUACCCCUCCCCCACAGCUGGAGGCUUUUUGACUUUUUUUUUUCCCCAGUACAUGCUCAAGUUUACAUAAGUAAAUCAAACAUGGCGAACCCGCUUACAGAAAUGCAAAUUAGAUCAUUAAGUGGAACCGUGCUACAGUCACUUCCUGCACAAAGCUCUCUUCUCCAUUUCACUUGCCGAACGCCCAUUUUGUAACACCGCGGCGGCAGGAGCGGGGCAGGAGCGGGGGAGGGGGCAGCGCCUCCGCCUUUUCUCUGGGAGGAUUGGCGGGAAGCGGCCAUCCCGCCCACCCGCCUGGCGGGACGCUUAAAGUGCGCCGGAGCAGCUGGGAACCCCUCGAGUUCCCGCUCGGCACAGCCAUGUCUACCCCCGCCAAGCGGCACUGCAAGAGCCCCGCCGGUUCCCUCGAAUCCAGCUUCCAAAAACGCCUCAGGAAGAUUUCCAUCGAGGGGAACAUCGCUGCCGGGAAGUCAACGUUUGUCAAGCUGCUGGAGAAAAACAGCGAUGAGUGGGAGAUCAUCCCCGAGCCCAUCGCUAAGUGGUGCAACAUCCAGACAGCCGAGGAUGAGUAUGAGGAACUUUCAACAUCUCAGAAGAGUGGAGGAAACUUACUUCAAAUGCUGUAUGACAAACCCACAAGAUGGGCUUACACGUUUCAGACUUACGCCUGCUUGAGCCGAGUAAAAGCACAAUUAAAACCUGUCUCAGCCAAGCUACUUGAAGCAGAACAUCCAGUGCAAUUUUUCGAGAGAUCUGUGUACAGUGACAGAUACGUAUUUGCUUCCAACCUGUUCGAGUCUGGAAACAUUAAUGAAACAGAGUGGUCUAUUUAUCAGGACUGGCACACAUGGCUUUUGAAUCAGUUUCAAUCAGAUAUAGAACUGGAUGGCAUGAUCUAUCUCAGAACCACACCUCAGAAAUGCAUGGAAAGACUACAGAUGAGGGGAAGAGAAGAGGAGCAAGGAAUUGAGCUUGAGUAUUUGGAAAACCUCCACUAUAAACAUGAAACCUGGCUUCAUGAAAGGACUAUGAGAGUUGAUUUUGAGAACAUUAAGGAGAUUCCUAUUCUAGUUUUGGAUGUUAAUGAAGAUUUUAAGAACGAUAAAAUUAAACAAGAGUACUUGACUGAUAAAGUCAAGUCGUUCCUGACUUCUUUGGAAGAUGAAAAUUAAUUCGAAUAAUAAGUCAGUGAAGUUCAUCUGCCAAUCUGUGUGUUCAAAAAUUUAAACAAAUGCCUGUAUAGCUUAUUUUAAAGCAAACCUGAAAUGUAAAAACAAAGUUGUUUAUUUUUCUCCUUGUCUGAGCUCUGUGGGUUUUGAUAGAUCUUUUUGUAUAGCUAAAAAGAAUAAACAUGGGGUGCUUUGAUAA